UGUGUGAGAGAGAGAGACAGAGACUGACGUCUCCAAAGUUUGACCGGUCUCUCGGUUGCUGUCUCCUGGUCUCCUGGUGCGCGCUACAGUGUUGACCAAACAACCAGACGGACCUGUAGAAGGGGGGGGGGGGGACGCACACGGAGACACACGGAGAGAGGGAGUCUUGGAGACCCUGACCCCGACGUCUUAUGUGAGGACUCUGGUUGUCUCCGCUGGACUAGGACAACCCCUGAAACAAAGGGGACCGUCCCUGCUGUGUCCACGCCGCGCUCCGUCCUGCAGACGUCCAGCGGCCGCAGCGUGGACUGAAACUUCUUCUUCUUCUUCUUCUUCUUCUUUUUGGGUUGAGUUUGGAAUCGCACUAACGACACAUGAGGUGUACUGACGGGACGCGCGGUUUCCACACAGCAGAUCCUCGGGGAUUAUAAUAAACCAGGACCAUGGAUAACUUCUUCACAGAGGGUGAUCGGGUGUGGUUACGGGAGGAUGAGCAGUGCCUGCCCUGCACCGUGUCCUCGUGCUCUGGGGGGGUCGUCGCCUUCGCCACAGACUACGGCCAGGUGUACACCUACAAGCAGAAUGCCCUGAGCAGACAGAAGGUGCAGCCCAUGCACCACAGCAGCAUCAGGGGGGUGGAGGACAUGGUGGCGCUCGAGGACCUCCACGACGGCGCAAUCAUGCACAACCUCUUCCUGCGCUACCAGCAGAGACACAUCUACACCUACAUCGGCUCCAUCCUGGCGGCGGUGAACCCUUACCAGCCGCUCCCCGGCCUGUACGAGCGGCCGGCCGUGGAGCUCUACAGCCGACACCACCUCGGAGAAAUCUCCCCGCACAUCUACGCCGUGGCCAACGAGUGCUACCGCUCGCUGUGGAGGAGGCUGCAGAACCAGUGUGUCCUGAUCAGCGGAGAGAGCGGCGCCGGGAAGACCGAAAGCACCAAGCUGAUCCUGAAGUUCCUGUCGGCCAUGAGCCAGCACUCCCUGGAGGUCUCGUCCAGAGACAGGACGUCCUACGUGGAGGAGGCGCUGCUGGAGAGCAGUCCCAUCAUGGAGGCCUUCGGGAACGCCAAGACCGUCUACAACAACAACUCCAGCCGCUUUGGGAAGUUUGUGCAGCUGCAUUUCAGCCAGAAGGGCAACAUCCAGGGAGGCCGAAUCAUCGACUACCUUUUGGAGAAGAACCGAGUAGUUCGGCAGAACCCGGGGGAGAGGAACUACCACAUUUUCUACGCCCUGUUGGCAGGAACCAACGCGCAGCAGAGAGAGGCGUUUGGGUUGAGCCAGCCUGACAGCUACCAUUACCUGAGACAGUCCAGCUGCCCCGCUGACAAGACGAUCAACGACCACGGCACCUUUCACGAUGUUCUGAAUGCAAUGCGAACGAUGCAGUUCACAGAGGAGAACAUCGGGGAGAUCCUGCGCCUCCUGGCCGCGAUCCUGCAGGCGGGGAACAUCGAGUUCAUGACGGCCGGAGGAGCCCAGGUCUCCUCCAAAUCAGCAGCUCUCAGCCGGACGUCCGACCUGCUGGGGCUGACCCCAGAUCAGCUCGCCGAGGUCCUGACCCACCGGUCCAUGAUCCUCAGGGGCGAGGAGAUCUGCACCCCGCUCACUGUGGAACAGGCGGUGGACUCCAGGGACUCCAUGGCCAUGGCACUUUACUCUCAGUGUUUCAACUGGAUCAUCCGCAAGCUCAACAACCGCAUCAGGGGCAAAGAAGACUUCAAGUCCAUCAGCAUCCUCGACAUCUUUGGAUUCGAGAACUUUGAGGUCAACCGCUUUGAACAGUUCAACAUCAACUAUGCAAAUGAGAAGCUUCAGGAAUAUUUUAACAAGCACAUUUUCUCCCUGGAGCAACUUGAAUACAACAAGGAAGGCCUGGUUUGGGUCGACAUCAACUGGAUGGACAACGGAGAGUGUCUGGAUCUGAUCGAGAAGAAACUGGGUCUCCUGGCACUGAUAAACGAGGAGAGUCACUUCCCCAAAGCCACAGACGACACCUUACUGGAGAAACUCCACAGCCAGCACUCGAAAAACCCGUUCUAUGCCAAACCACGCGUUGCCGUGCACAACUUUGGAGUCAGGCACUAUGCAGGAGAGGUGUUGUACGACGUGAGGGGGAUGUUGGAGAAGAACAGAGACACUUUCAGAGACGACAUCCUCAACCUGCUGAGGGAGAGCAGGUUGGACUUUGUCUACGAUCUGUUUGAUCACGUGUUGAGCCGAAACAAACAGGACACCCUGAAGAGCACCAAGCACAGACGGCCCACUGUCAGCUCCCAGUUCAAGGAUUCUUUGCACUCGCUGAUGGCCACACUCAGCACUUCCAACCCAUACUUUGUUCGAUGCAUCAAACCCAAUACACACAAGAUGCCUGACCAGUUCGACCAGACGUUGGUUCUGAACCAGCUCAGAUAUUCUGGCAUGUUGGAGACGGUCAAGAUUCGACGCACCGGCUUCCCCAUCCGGAGACCUUUCCAAGACUUCUGCUCCAGGUAUAAGGUGUUGAUGCGGGGCGUGAUGAAGGCGGAGGACCCCAAGGGGAGCUGCCUCCAGCUGCUGCACCUCUACGACAGCAGCAGUUCAGAGUGGCAGCUGGGAAAGACCAAGGUUUUCCUUCGGGAGUCUCUGGAGCAUCGCCUGGAGAAGCAGAGGGAGAUGGAGGUGCUGAGAGCAGCCAUGGUCAUCCAGGCCCACGUCAUGGGCUACAUGGCCAGGAAGCAGUACAGGAAGCUGUUGCAUUGCAUUGUGGUCAUUCAGAAGAACUAUCGGGCUUUCUACUGGAGGAGGAAGUUCCUGCUCCUCCGCUGGGCAGCGCUCACCUUCCAGAAACGUGUGCGAGGCCAGCUGGCCCGCCAGGCUUUCAGCCAGCUGCUGGAGGAGAAGAAGAGGAGGGAGGAGGAGGAGCGCUGCAGGAGGAUGGAAGAGGAGAUGGAGAGGGAGAGAUGGAGGCUGGAGGCGGAGAGACUCGCCAGAGAGGCGGAGGAGGCUAGAAGACUGGAGGAGCUUCAUCUGGCUGAGCAGUUGGCCUCUCUGGCUCUGCCUCAGCCUGCAGUAGAAGCUGCAACAUCACCGGACACUAUGGAGGAGCUUGAGUCACCGGAGGCCCUCCAAGGGGCAUCUGAAGAGGUGGAGGCAGAUCGUCCUCAGGAGGCGUCGCAGGUGGAGGAGAUCCUGCGACUGGAGCGGGAGAUCCAGUCUCUGCAGAGGCAGAAGGAGCGUCAGGAGCUCUCCCUGACCGAAGCGUCCCUCAACCGCCUGCAGCUUCUCCGUGACCAGGAGCUCAGGCGUCUGGAGGACGAGGCCUGCAAGGCGGCGCAGCAGUUCCUCGACUCGCUUAACUUUGACGAGAUCGACGAGUGCGUCAGGAACAUCGAGAGCUCUUUGGGAGUCGGCGAAGUGGAGGAGAAGGAGAAACGGAGUCGACGGAGGAGAGGCAACGACGAGGAAGAAGUCGACGAAGGCUUUGGGGCUGAUGAUGAGGCCUUUAAAUACUCGCCUAACCCAAGUGAGCAUGGCCACUCAGACGGCCAGCGAACAAGCGGGAUCCGAACGAGUGACGACUCGUCUGAAGAAGACCCCUACGCCAAUGACGGUGUGACGCCACCACUGCCGCCAACCACCCUGCUUCACCAGCCGCUGCCUUUACCACCGGUGCCCCCAGUCUGCCACAGCGCCUCAUCCAGCGGGGACUCGGCCUAUUGCCACGCCCAGACUUCUUCUGAGGCGCAGUCCGAUGACCUGGUGGAGCUCAUACCGCCGGACGAGGAUUCGGACUACGACCAGGAUGACUACGAUGAGGGCGCCAUCCUUUCCAGCGGCAGCGUGGCCUUCUCCAACCCUCGCAGCGGCCAGUGGUCUCCUGACUACCGCGGCUCCGUAGGAACCUACAACAGCUCAGGGGCUUACCGGUUCAGCUCGGAUGGGGCUCAGUCAUCGUUCGAGGACAGCGAGGACGACUUUGACAGGUUUGACACCGACGACGAGCUGUCGUAUCGGCGUGACUCUGUCUACAGCUGCGUCACGCUCCCAUACUUCCACAGCUUCCUCUUCAUCAAAGGUGGUCUGAUUAACACGUGGAAGCGGCGCUGGUGCGUUCUGAAAGACGAGACCUUCCUGUGGUUUCGGGCCAAGCAGGAGGCUCUGAAGCAGGGCUGGCUGCACAAGAAAGGAGGGGGCUCAUCCACGCUGUCUCGCCGUAACUGGAAGCGCCGCUGGUUCGUGCUGCGGCAGAGCAAGCUCAUGUACUUUGAGAAUGACGGCGAGGACAAGAUGAAAGGGGUGCUGGAUAUGCAUAAUGCAAAAGAAAUCAUUGACAACACCGGGAAAGAGAAUGGAAUCAACAUCGUGAUGCCAGAGAGGACUUACCACCUGAUCGCUGAGUCGGCCGAGGAUGCCAGCCAGUGGUUCAGUGUGCUGAGUCAGGUCCACGGUUCGACAGAACAGGAGAUCAGAGAGAUGCACGAUGAGCAGGCCAACCCCCAGAAUGCUGUGGGCACGUUGGAUGUGGGGAUGAUCGAUUCAGUCUGUGCAUCAGAUAAUCCAGAGAGGCCGAACUCCUUCGUCAUGAUCACGGCGAACCGCGUGCUGCACUGCAACGCCGACACGCCCGAGGAGAUGCACCACUGGAUCACUCUGCUGCAGCGCUCCAAGGGAGACACGCGCGUCGACGGCCAGGAGUUCAUCAUCCGAGGCUGGUUGCACAAAGAGAUUAAGAACAGCACCAAGGCCUCGCUGAAGCUGAAGAAGCGCUGGUUCCUGCUUACCCACAAUUCCCUGGACUACUAUAAGAGCUCCGAACGUAACGCCCUGAAGCUGGGAACGCUGGUGCUGAACAGCCUCUGCUCGGUGAUCCAGCCGGACGAGAAGGUCUUCAAAGACACCGGCUACUGGAACGUGAUCGUGUACGGCCGGAAACACUCGUACCGUCUCUACUGCAAGCUUCUGAACGAGGCCACGCGUUGGGCCACCGCCAUCCAGAACGUCAUCGACGCCAAAGCUCCCAUCGACACGCCGACCCAGCAGCUGAUCCAGGACAUCAAGGAGAACUGUCUGAACUCGGAGGUGGUGGAGCAGAUCUACAAGAGGAACCCCAUCCUCCGCUACAGCCACCACCUGCUGCACUCGCCGCUGCUGCCGCUGCCCUACGGAGACAUCCACCCCACCGCUCUGAGAAGCAGAAGCUACACAACGCUGCAGGACGAAGCCCUCAAAGUGUUCAGCUCUCUGCAGCACCUGGAGGGCGUGGCCGACCCAGUGCCCAUCAUCCAGGGCAUCCUGCAGACCGGCCAGGAGCUCAAACAGCUGCGGGACGAGCUCUACUGCCAGCUGGUGAAGCAGACGACGCGGCCGCAGCAGCCCGGCAGCCCCGCUAACCUCUGCAGCUGGAAGAUCCUGGCCUGCAUGUCCUGCACCUUCAUCCCCACCAGGAGCAUCCUCCGAUACCUCAAGUUCCACCUGAAGAGGACUCGAGAGCUCUUCCCCGGCUCGGAGAUGGAUCGUUACGCCGCCUUUGCCCUCGACUCCCUAAAGAAGACUCGAGCCAGGGAGAACAUCCCGUCCCAGGAGGAGAUCCGUGCCAUCGUUGCCCAGCAGGACAUGAGCACCACCGUCCAUUGCCACGGAGGAGGGUCCUGCAAGAUCACCAUCAACUCACACACAACAGCCGGAGAGGUGGUGGAGAAGCUGAUCCGAGGGCUGGCCAUGGAGGACAGCAGGAACAUGUUCGCCCUGUUUGAACAGAACGACACCACAGAGAAAGCCAUCGAGAGCCGCACGGUGGUGGCCGACGUGCUCGCCAAGUUUGAAAAGCUUUCAGCCAGCCAAGACGAAAACAACACGGGCUGGAAGUUUUACUUCAAGCUCUACUGCUUCUUGGACACAGACAACGUUCCCAAAGACAGCGUGGAGUUUGCCUUCAUGUUCGAACAGGCCCACGAAGCGGUCAUUCGCGGUCAGUAUCCGGGCCCUGAGGAGACGCUUCAGUUCCUGGCUGCCCUCCGACUUCAGUACCUCCAGGGAGAUCACAGCUCCCAGGCCAACAUCCCCGAGAUGUCCCAGGUGUUCCCCAUGGCGCGGUUGCGGGCCCGCGUGCAGAACUCUGCCAAGACGUUCGCUCCGGGCUCUGGCUCGGUGGCCGACCGAUCGGGGACUUCGGAGAGGAAGCGCUCAAGCUUCCUGGAGGGAACGCUGAGGCGGAGCUUCAGGAGCGGCUCGCUGAGUCGGCAGAAGCUGGAGGAGGAGAACAGCCUGGAGGCGUGGAUGAGGGAGGAGGCGGCGGCCGUGAGAACCAGCGUGAUGGACAAGUGGAAGAAGCUGCAGGGGAUGAACCAGGAGCAGGCCAUGGUCAAAUACAUGGCUGUGGCGAAGGAGUGGCAGGGAUACGGAUCCACGCUGUUCAACGUGGAGUGUCGGGACGGAGCAUUCCCCUUCGAACUGUGGCUGGGCGUGAGCCGGGAGGCGAUAUCGGUGUACAAACGAGGAGAGCCGUGGCCUCUGGAGGUUUUCCCGUAUGAACAGAUUCUCUCCUUCGGCGCCCCGCUGGCCAACGCCUACAAGAUCGCAGUUGAGGGCCGAGAGCUGGUCUUUGAAACGCAAAUGGUCAUGGACAUUGCCAAGCUGAUGAAGGCCUACAUCAGCAUGAUUGUCAAAAAGCGCUACAGCAACUGUCAGUCCGUCAGCAGCCACGGCAGCCAGUGUACCGCCUGGUGAACUCCGCCCUUUAACCUUUUGCCUCAUGGCAACUUACCGCAGUGCCACAGAGCGUCGAGCGGGGCCGCAGCAGGCCAUGGAUGGACGCCCAUCCUCUGCGCUCUGGAGAAAGCAGCUCGUACAUUUGACAUGUCAGACUGACUCUGUGAAUGUCUACGACAAACCACGAAUGCUCUUAAUGUUAACUAGCUCAAGCAAUCUUUUUUUGGUUUUAUUCCAAAACAAUAAACAGCCACUUGUGAUAGAUGAGAACCGUAAAAGAAACACAGUGAGCAACCAUUUCAAGCUGGGAGAACCAGUUUUUUAGAUGUAGUAUGAACCAUUUAAAGAGUGUCUCAGGUCAAAGAGUAGCCUACAACCACAGGACUAAACCGUUAAUGUCUUUGGUUUCCAGCUUUUCCAAACUCUCUCCAAUCAAACAAGCUACUUGACUCAGCUAGCUACAUUGACAACACCACAAGCUUUCAUUGUUACUUACAGUGCCUGGGUUUUAGGGUUGGGUUUGGGUUUAGAGUUAAUCCUAACCCCAAUUAUCAAAGGGGAAAAAUAUACACAUUUACGUUAAUGUCCUUCUUAAUAAGUAUAGUAACAUUUCAUUCAUUAUUUUUCCUCCUGAAGCCAAGAUGGGCUCAUGAACCCU